AUGUACUAUUCUGAAGAAUUGGGAAUCGAUAGAACGGAUCCCCAUCGUUGGAGACUUGUAACCGAUGAAUUGGGCAGGGAAACAUGGCACUACUUGAGUGUAGAAGAGAGUGAAAAAAACCCUCAAUCAGACUAUGUCAAAUAUUUGUUGGAGUUAGAAAGCUUUCCAGCACCUGAGGAGUCGAAUAUUAGGACGCCAUUCGAGGCUGCAAAGAAAGGAGCGGAUUUUUUUAAGUUAUUGCAGGAACCAAGCGGAAUGUUCCCUUGUCAAUACCGUGGGCCUAUGUUCAUGAGCAUUGGGUACAUAGCUGCAAACUAUUUCACCAAGAAUGAAAUUCCUAAGCCGUACAGAACGGAAAUGAUAAGGUAUCUUGUGAAUACGUCGCAUCCAGUUGAUGGAGGUUGGGGUUUGCAUUCUAUCGACAAGUCUACGUGUUUUGGAACCACCAUGAACUACGUGGCAUUGAGAUUGCUUGGAAUGCCAGCCGAUCAUCCUGUUUGUGUGAAGGCCCGUAAUACAUUACAUAGACUAGGAGGAGCCUUGGGAAACCCACAUUGGGGUAAGGCGUGGUUAUCGAUCUUGAGUCUAUAUGAGUGGGAAGGUGUUAAUCCAGCACCACCAGAAAUGUGGCUCUUGCCAUAUGGUUUUCCAAUUCAUCCUGGGAGAUGGUGGGUUCAUACCAGAGCCAUUUAUUUACCUCUUGGUUAUGUUUCUUCAUACAAAGUUAAGUGUGAAUUAGAUCCCUUAUUGCAAGAAAUUAGAAACGAAAUUUAUUUGCCUAAACAGUUGCCAUAUGAGAAAAUCGACUUCCAAAACCAUAGAAAUAAUGUUUGUGGGGUUGAUUUAUACUACCCUCAUACGACUGUUUUAGACUGUCUUAACUGGGGGUUGGUGAAGUAUGAGAAAUACAUCAGGCCAAAAUGGCUCCUCAAGAAGUCGAAUGAUAGGGUUUAUGACUUGAUUAAAAAGGAAUGUGCAAAUACUGAUUAUCUAUGCAUUGCUCCCGUGAAUUUUGCCUUUAACAUGAUUAUAACAUUCCUCGAAGAGGGUCCUAAGUCGUACGCUUUUGAAAGAUUUAAAUAUAGAAUGAAUGACACAUUAUUCCACGGCCCUCAAGGUAUGACAAUCAUGGGUACUAAUGGUGUUCAGGUUUGGGAUGUAGCCUUUAUGGUUCAGUAUUUCUUCAUGGCUGGAUUAUCAGAGUUUCCUAAAUACCAAGAGAUGAUCCGUAGGGGAUACCAGUUCUUGAUCAGAUCGCAAUUCACCGAGGAUUGUGUUGAUGGAAGUUUCAGAGACAAACGUAAAGGUGGCUGGCCAUUUAGCACUAAAACACAAGGCUAUACAGUGAGUGAUUGUUCUGCUGAAGCGCUAAAAGCUAUUAUAAUGGUAAAGAAUCAUCCAGCAUUUGCUGAUAUCAAAGACGAUAUAGAAGACGAAAACCUUUUUAACGCAGUUGAUGUUAUAUUGAAUAUUCAAAAUGUCAAUGAUUUCGAGUUCGGUUCAUUCUCCUCGUACGAGACUAUAAGAGCUACGCCACUCUUAGAAAAGUUGAAUCCAGCAGAAGUUUUCAAUAACAUUAUGGUUGAGUAUCCUUAUGUAGAAUGUACCGAUUCUUCGGUGUUGGGUUUGACUUACUUUGCUGAAUACUAUCCAAACUAUAAAACAGAUCAAAUUAAAUUUGCGAUUGAAAACGCUAUAAACUACAUAAUCAAGGCCCAGGCGAAAGAUGGUUCAUGGUAUGGUUCAUGGGGUAUUUGCUACACAUAUGCCUCUAUGUUUGCCCUUGAAGCGUUAAAUUCAGUCGGACAUAGUUACGUCAAUUCUGAAACCGUAAGAAAGGGAUGCGAUUUCUUAGUUUCAAAGCAAUUGGCUGAUGGUGGGUGGUCCGAAUCUAUGAAAUCCUGUGAGACUGGUACCUAUAUCAACACAGAACAAUCAUUAGUUGUUCAAACUUCGUGGGCCUUAAUAGGAUUGAUUUUGGCUGACUACCCAAAUAAAGAAGCUAUCGAAAAAGGUCUUGCUUUAUUAAUGAAGAGACAAAAGCGUACUGGUGAAUGGAAAUUUGAAGACGUGAAUGGUGUUUUCAAUCAUAGCUGUGCUAUUGAAUAUGAUUCAUAUAAAUUUUUAUUUCCAAUCAAGGCAUUAGGAUUAUAUAAAAGUAAGUAUGGUGACAAGCCUCUAAAUUUAGUUAUUUAG